CGGGCACUGCCAGGCUCCUCUCGGCGGCGGCGGCGGCGCUGCGCCUUCAGGUCCGGGCUGUGAUUCCAUCGGCAGCAGCUGCAGCAGCACUGGGGAGCCCCCGGCCUCGGUCCUGAUCCCGGACAAAAAAUGGUGCAGAAGAAAGCAGCUGAACUUGAGGGUUUCCACCGUUCGUUCAAGGGACAGAAUUCUUUCGAGCUGGCCUUUGCCGUCAACCAGUCCAACCACUUAGAAUCGGUCUUCAAUUUCGAGUGCCCGCCCCGCCCUGACAUGCCCUCAAGCCAGCCUAUCGACAUCCCUGAUGCUAAGAAGAGAAGCAAGAAGAAGAAACGGUGCAGGGCCACAGAUAGCUUCUCUGGGAGGUUUGAAGAUGUUUACCAAUUGCAGGAUGAAGUGCUGGGGGAAGGAGCCCACGCCCGUGUCCAGACCUGCAUCAACCUCAUUACGAACAAAGAGUACGCCGUGAAGAUCAUCGAGAAGCGCCUGGGCCACAUACGGAGCCGCGUGUUUCGGGAGGUAGAGAUGCUGUACCAAUGUCAGGGCCAUCGAAAUGUCCUUGAACUGAUAGAGUUCUUUGAAGAAGAAGAGAGAUUCUACUUGGUGUUUGAGAAGAUGCGGGGUGGCUCCAUCCUCUCUCAUAUCCAUCAACGACGUCAUUUCAACGAGCUUGAGGCCAGCAUGGUGGUACAAGACAUUGCCAGCGCCCUUGACUUCUUGCACAAUAAAGGGAUUGCACACAGGGAUCUUAAACCUGAAAACAUCCUCUGUGAAAAUCCUGACCAGGUUUCCCCAGUCAAGAUUUGCGACUUUGACCUGGGCAGUGGCAUUAAGCUCAAUGGUGACUGCUCUCCCAUCUCCACCCCGGAGCUGCUCACACCGUGUGGCUCCGCAGAGUACAUGGCCCCGGAAGUGGUGGAAGCUUUCAGUGAGGAGGCCACCAUUUAUGACAAACGGUGUGACCUGUGGAGCCUUGGGGUCAUCCUCUACAUCCUGCUCAGCGGCUAUCCCCCCUUUGUGGGCCACUGCGGCAGUGACUGCGGCUGGGACCGGGGUGAAGCUUGUCAUACCUGCCAGAACAUGCUUUUUGAGAGCAUCCAGGCAGGCAAGUACGAGUUCCCUGACAAGGACUGGGCCCAUAUCUCCUUUGGAGCCAAAGACCUCAUCUCCAAGCUGCUCGUCCGGGAUGCCAAGAAGCGGCUGAGUGCGGCCCAGGUCCUGCAGCACCCCUGGGUGCAGGGGUGUGCUCCGGAUAACACCUUUCCCACUCCAAUCAUCCUGCAGAGAAACAGCAGUGCCAAAGAACUCACCUCCUUCGCAGCCGAGGCAAUCGCCGUGAACCGCCAGCUGGCCCAGCGCGAAGAAGACGAGGAGGAGGAAGAAAACCGACCAAUCGUCAUCAAAGCUACCUCAUGUUCCAUGCAGCUGUCGCCACCGUCCAAGUCGAAGCUGGCCCAGCGGCGGCAGAAGGCCAGCUUGUCCAAGGCCCUGGUCAGCCCCCUGGUCCUGGUCAGCGAGCACAUGUAACGGCCCCAGCCAGGUCCCCCCCACCCCCUCCUGCGCAUUCAUCCCGUCGAGGUUUGGUGGGGUCGGGUUUGUUUUUUAGAGCUGUUGCCAGCCGGCCGUCACUCCCUCCUCUGGCUGGUUUCCAGGGAGUUCAGCUGACCUUGGGAGUCGUUUUUUCUUUUUUUUUUUUAUAAACAUUUUUUAAAUGGUCUAAUGGUAUUUACCAACAAAGCAAGAAUGCGGCACACACCCCAGGCACGCUUGAAGGGCGUGUGGCACACUGACAUUUGUGGGUCCUUUUUUGUUGAUGAGCGUUCCCUCCCUUCCUACGCCAAAGGAUGCGCUGUAAACUCAGCUCACCCCAUACUGUGAAAGACGGUCAGUCAGUUGUGUGAAAAGUAAGCGGGGUUCUCCACCCCCUGCCCUACCCUGACCCCUCCACUUUCCCUUACUCCCUUUCCAGAUUGAGUGGAAAGAAUCAGCUCAGGAGGAAGGCCUGUUGUCCUAACUCAAGAAGCUUUUAAGUCUUCCAGAGCAGGUGAUGGGUCCCUGGGGUAGGAAAGUGCCAGUGGAUGGUGGGGGGACAGGGGAGGAAUGUUCUCCCCUCCCCACCACACCCCUGCCGCUGCAUAUAGAUGCAGAUUUUCUAUACGUGUGUGUAUACAUGUGCAUUUUAUUAUUGUGCGUGUAUAUAUACAUAGAUGCAAAGUUGAUCUUGCAUUCAUCCAGCCCCAUGGGGGAAAUUCUCUGUAUUCUAAGGGAAGCUCUCCCCACCUGGCCUGUGGCACCCACAGUGAGGGAUGUGGCCCCGUCCCUAAGCUCCAGGUGAAAUGUUAACACACUCCAGAUAGGAUGGCCUUCCAAUCCUUUACUCUUUUUCCCAAGCUCUCCUUUUGGGGUCUUGUUGGGAGGACAAGCUUCACACAGCAGGAUGUGUUGGCCUUGGGGCAGUAGGAUCCAAGAGGAGGCCCUGCAGGCUGAGAGAGCCAAGCUGGGCCACCCCCGGGGGCUCUCUCCUCCUCUCCCUCUUUCUCCCUCUUCCCUCCCCCCCUUUGCCUCUCCCCAUCACUGACUGGCCAGAAUGUAGUCUAAGAGCAGGUUGGUGGCUGCCUUUCUUCCUUACUCAGCCCCCACAGGCUAAACUCCUUUCCCUCCUCUUCCCCCACCCCCAUCUCCUGGGGCAGACAAUCUGGGUCUUCUGCAGAUUCUCCCUCUCUUUUUUUUCCUGGGGCCCUGUUAGGUAUUGGCCUCCCUGGGGGAAGCAAGUGUACCUGACUGCUGGUGAUAGGGAUAAGAUGCUGCUGGCAGGUGCUGGGACCCAAAAUACGGGUGACUCCCAUAUCCCAGGCAGGGAGGAAGGAGGAGAGCUGGGUUCCCUAUGUUCCCUGGGGUUGUUGCUGUCAGCUCCUGUGGUGGGAGGGGUGUUCUGUUAGGGCACCUGGGUGGGGCACCGCCACCUCCCCAUGCCCACCCUGGUCAAACUUGUGCCAACCUUUGGUAGGACAGUAGAGAAUCAAGGUGGGGCAAGAACUAGGGGAAAGCUUUAUUCAUCUUCAUCUGCUGGAACAGGCUACUCAGGUGCCUAGAUCUUGGGCACCUGGGCCCCAGGGCCUAUGGUGCCUCUUUUCAGGCCUCAGGAUAAGUGGGGCAAUGACAUGCCCACUGCCUUCCCCUAGGUUUGGAGUUGAGCCCAGAAUGGGCAAUUUCAGUCAGUGGGGAUCAAAUGGAAGGAAGUCCCUCAUCUUCCCCUACCCCAAACAGAAGCCUGAAGUUUGAACAAACUCCAGCCCCCAAGGGGAAUAUUUACUUUGCCAACAUUCAGGAAAAAAGCUUCUAGUUUCCUGCUUGGACUUUAGGUGUCUCGGAUGCUGGGGCUCAGUAGAUCCAAGCGGAUCAGGGCUCUCUGGUUAGAUAUCUGAAGUAACACUCCAGCCAGGAAUUACUCAAGAGAGAAAGAGAGGCCUGGUGUUUUCCUGGGUCCCUCUCUCCUCUCCAACACCAUCCAGUAUCAAGAGACACCCUCCCAGAAGCCAGGAGAGGGCACCUAUUGGAUGGGUGUUUUCUUCCCAUCCCACCUUUGCAUUCUGGGCAGUGAUAAACUAUGCAAUACCAGUUCCGUCUUAUGUAUGCAUAUGUGUGUAUAUAUACAUAUAUAUGUGUGCGUGUGUGUGUGUAUGUAUAUACACACACGCAUGCACACAUAAAAUUUUUUCUUUCCCAGUCAGGGAGGUGAAGAUGGUGGAACGUGUUUGGAGAGAAGUCCUCAGGUUUUCUUGAUAGUCAGUUCCCCUAAGCCUCAAAUAGCAUUUUUCUCGUACCCUCAGUCCUCAUUUCUCUGCUAUGGAAGCCCCCCUUCCAGCCCUCGGCCAGAACUCCCUUGAAUAGUCUGGGUCACGCUGUGUGAGUUUCGUCCCAUGCCCACCAGGGAAGUUGGGCAGCCGCUCAGACGGCCACAGAUGGAAGCAGGGGAUUAUGGGGAAGCAAUAGUCUUGCUUCUUCAGAGUCCAAGGUCUUUGAUUGUACAUUGUGUUUUUAUAGGGAUUUUUGGAGCAAUUUGUUUUUAUUCUCACUUGUAGAUUUCAUCCUGCCCUUCCCCCCACCGCCCCCACCCAACGGGUAUUUGUCUUAUAUUAAGAAUACUUGAAUGGUGUAAGUAGGGGUCAGGCUAUCCCCACACUACACCUGGAAUCCUGGUCACACCUGGAGGAGGGGGCAGAGGUUUUUUUUUAAAAAAAAAAAAAGAAAGAAAAGAAACAACUCCCUCUUCCUAUGUUUUCCCCCCCUCCAAUAUGCCUUGACCUCCAAUCCUCCCCAAAUCUUCUUUGGACAUAACCUGGCAGGCCAGGGCAGGGCCUGGAGGAUUGAAGUUUCCUCCCCUACUGACCUCUACUGAGUGUUGUGGGGUGGGGCAUGACAGAGGAGGAAGAUGGAAAGACCGUCUGCCUUCUUAUAUCCUGCCCCUCGCUCCGGCCCCCUUUAUGGGUCAGACUGCUGACUCAUUUCCAAAGACUCUGUCUGCAGUAUCUGAAGUUUCUUGAGUAGGAUGGGGGUGUCAAAAGAAAAAUCUAUGGUGGUUCUUUCCAGCUGGGAGUUUUCUGGGAUUUUUUUUUUCUUUUAACUCCCCCCCCCCAAAAAAAAAAGCCUUGGAGACUCAAAUUGCUGUUUUCCCCCUACUAAUCAGAACUUAGCAGAUACUGAUGACUGACUUUUAUUUUUGUUUUUUAAAUUUAGGUUCAUUUUCCCCUUCCUGCCCAACUCCUUUCCCCCACCGCACCCCCUUCAGUCAAUUAAUUCAACUUGGAACUGGUUAGAAAUGUUACUGUGAACCUGACUUUUUCAAGGCUCAUAAAGAGAUGCACCCCCUGUCCCCACCCCAACAAUGGGGUUGGCUAUUCUUGAAAGUGGCCGAACCGAUGUCACGCACUGCACUGCUGGUAUCCAAGACUGGCCCCCGUGAGAAGGGGUCCGUCAGCUUAGAAACUGCUUUUAAAAAAAAAAAAAAACCAACAACAACGGAAAACACACCAACCCAAUAGAACGAAAAGGAGGGGAAAAAAAGCACUUUAACUAUGGGGUACCAGGCAAACUGAUACAACUCAAGAGUUUUCCUUUAUAACAACUAUCAAAUGCCAGAAUUUUGUAUUCUGUUUUGUAAGAAUUUAAUAAAAGCAUUGCAACCUA